UAAUAUUUAGUGGCAAUAUUAAAGAGAAAAAUGCUACACAGUAAAACAGUAAGAAGCGACGGGAUAAGACUGUGUCGAAGUUGAACGAAAAGCUGUGCUCUCCGGAGCGUUAAAACUUCACAGGAAAAAGGAAAAAAGGAGGAAACGACACAAAAACAACAUGAACGACGACAGCCUGAGAAACGAUCUGGACCCCCAAAGCGACCAGAGCUCCGACUACUUGUCGCAUUCACAUCCCCAUCCCCAUCCCCACCACCCUCUUCAGCCCCACCAGCUCCAGCCCCAGUCACAGCCUCAGACUCAGACUCAGACUCGCCGGCCCCGGGGUUUUGCUGCCGCGGCGGCUGCUGCUGCGGCUGCCGGAAUGGGCACUGCCUCCGGCGCCAGCUCUGCGGAUGCCGCCGCAACUUCGAGUGCCGGGAAGGGCAAAAGAGAGAGGGAGAAGGAGAAGGAGAGGACGAAGCUGCGGGAGCGUCACCGCCGAGCCAUCACCAGCCGGAUGCUCGCUGGGCUCAGACAGUACGGAAACUUCCCUCUCCCGGCUCGCGCCGACAUGAAUGACGUGCUGGCGGCGUUGGCUCGCGAAGCCGGAUGGGUCGUCGAGGCCGAUGGUACCACCUAUAGACAGUCUCCCCCUCCAUCUCAACUGACAACAACAUAUCCUCUGAGGUCAGUUGAAAGCCCACUCUCAGCUAGUUCCUUGAAGAAUUGCUCUGUGAAAGCAACAUUAGACAGUCAGCCACCAUCGGUGCUCAGAAUUGAUGAGAGCUUGUCACCAGCAUCUCUUGAUUCUGUUGUAAUAGCAGAGAGGGAUACAAAGAAUGAGAAAUAUGCUAGUACCAGCCCCAUAAAUUCGGUUGAAUGCCUAGAGGCUGAUCAACUUAUGCAAGAUAUUCAUUCCGGGGAGCAUGGGAAUGAUUUUACAGGCACACCUUAUGUUCCUGUGUAUGUAAUGCUUGCAACUGGUGUUAUCAAUAAUUUCUGCCAGUUGGUUGAUCCUGAAGGUGUGAGACAGCAGCUAAGUCAUAUGCAGUCUUUAAAUGUAGAUGGUGUUGUUGUUGAUUGUUGGUGGGGAAUCGUUGAAGGCUGGAGCCCACAAAAAUACACUUGGUCUGGUUAUAGAGAUCUUUUCAACAUCAUACGGGAGUUCAAAUUAAAAUUGCAGGUUGUAAUGGCGUUUCAUGAAUAUGGUGGAAGUGAGGCUGGUGAUGCACUGAUCACAAUUCCGCAGUGGGUUUUAGAGAUUGGAAAGGACAAUCAAGACAUAUUCUUCACUGAUCGUGAAGGGAGGAGGAAUACUGAAUGUCUAUCUUGGGGCAUUGACAAAGAACGGGUUUUACUAGGAAGGACUGCUAUUGAGGUCUAUUUUGAUUUCAUGAGAAGCUUCCGCACCGAGUUUGAUGACCUGUUUGCUGAGGGGCUCAUUUGUGCAGUAGAAAUUGGACUUGGAGCAUCUGGGGAGCUUAAGUAUCCAUCUUUUUCAGAAAGAAUGGGAUGGAGAUAUCCUGGUAUCGGUGAGUUCCAGUGCUAUGAUAAAUACCUACAACAAAGUCUUAGGAAAGCAGCAAAAUUGCGUGGGCACUCAUUUUGGGCUAGGGGACCUGAUAAUUCUGGUCAAUACAAUUCUAGGCCACAUGAAACUGGCUUUUUUUGUGAAAGAGGUGAUUAUGACAGCUAUUAUGGGAGAUUUUUCCUCAAUUGGUAUGCCCAGUCACUAAUUGACCAUGCAGAUAAUGUUUUGUCUCUUGCAAGCCUUGCAUUUGAGGAAACAAAAAUUGUUGUUAAGGUUCCAGCAGUUUAUUGGUGGUACAGGACUUCUAGUCAUGCAGCAGAGCUUACUUCUGGAUACUACAACCCUACAAAUCAGGAUGGUUAUGCUCCAGUUUUUGAUGUUUUAAGGAAAUAUUCUGUGACAGUGAAAUUUGUUUGCCCAGGCAUGCAGAUUUCCAGUCAGGAUAAUGAUGAAGCUUUGGCUGAUCCAGAAAGUUUAAGUUGGCAGGUUUUAAACUCUGCCUGGGAUCGAGGAUUGAUUAUAGCAGGUGAAAAUGCACUAUCAUGUUAUGAUAGGGAAGGAUGCAUGAGAGCUGUUCAGAUGGCCAAGCCAAGAAAUGAUCCUGAUCAUCAUCAUUUCUUAUUCUUUGUAUAUCAUCAGCCAUCUCCUCUUGUUCAAGGAACUAUUUGCUUCUCAGAGUUGGAUUACUUCAUAAAGUGCAUGCAUGGUGAAAUAGCAGGUGAUCUUGUAUCCUGAUAAGUGUGUGAGAUUUCUGUUUUGUGUGGGAUGGUGUUCAACGAUUACAGCAGAUCUCAACUGCUUGACAUCAGGGAAAUUAGAGAGGUAAAGAUGGUUUAGUUUUGGUUUAAAAGCAUCAGCAUAGGCUUCCCAACUUAAGGAAGUUUUGUCUGGUUUUUUUAUAGUUCUUAUUGACUUUGCUUUAUAUUAUGAACUGUCAUCUAGUGCCCAAGGAGAGGCAGUUGGUAAAUACUUUGUCCAGGAGUUUGAUAGGGGUGAGGCAGGUUUUAGAUUCUUAGGGUAACAAUGUAAAGUGCUUUAAUGUCGGGGAUGUAUCUAGAAAAGCUCUUCGAGAAUUUGUACCAUUGACUGAAAUUUGAAUGGUGUAGAACAUCAAUCAUUUUAUUUGUUUAUUUUUUAAGUACGCUAUAAUUCCUGGCAUAAUUGAAUGCGGGUUGGAAGUGUUACAUGAAAAAUGAAAAGAUAUGUUACCGUUGGCCAAAUUAUGUUAUUCUAUCGUUUAAAUUCUGUAUAUGUAAUCAUUGAAGUUUUAGCAUGUAAACAAAUUAUGUUAUUCCAUAGUUUAAAUUCUGGAUAUAUAAUUAUUGAA